AUGCCCGGCAAGUGGACCUCGUUGCUCCUCUUCUUCGCGGCCCUCUGGGGGGCCGCCGUCUUGAGACAUUCGCCGCUGCUGUACGGUGCCUCGUCCGGGCCAACCGGGUCCUGGGCGAACUCGCCCAUCAACAUUGUGCCGACCAUGGCCUACGCCGACAACGAGGGUGACCUCUUCGUCGCGGCCGCGGGCCACAUGGCGCUGCUGCACAACACCAUCAUCCGCGGCUUCAACUCGAUCCACCAGCAGGCGUCGCACGUGAAGCCGCAGGACGCCGCCGAUUUCCUCUCGUACACCAGGACGUGGCUCAAGUUCCUCCGUGCCCACCACGCGACCGAGGAGGCGACCUUGUUUCCCGUCAUCAAGGACGUCCUGGAGGACCAGAGCGUGCUGGGGGAGAUGCACCACGAGCACGAGCGCUUGCAUGGCGGCCUUUCCGAGCUGGACAAGUUGAUCGCCUCGACGGACCAAGGGGCGCCCUACGAUACCCGUCAGCUCCUCGACAUUCUCGAGUCGUUGCGCCCGACGCUCGAGUACCACAUGCACCACGAAGUCUCCUCGAUAGCCGAGCUGUCGAGGCACAGCAACGCGCCGGCGCGCAACUCGACCGAGGCCACCGCCGCCGGCGACCUCAUGGCCACCUGGGGCAAGAACUCCAUCAGCAAGGGCGGCCUCUUCGACAUGGUGCCCUUCUUCCUGCUCAACACGGACAGCACCGUCGACGACGGUCGGUGGGUCGCCUGGCCAGGCAUGCCGAAGCCCGUCCGUUGGGCCCUCGUCAACGUCGCCGGCGCCGUCCACGGCGGCUGGUGGAGGUUCGCAAGCUGCAACGGCCACGGGAGGCCCCGACAGCUGUAUGCCACGCCCGUGGACGACGAGGCCGAGGCCAAGAACGCGGAGCUGUGA